AUGCUGUUCAUGACGUCGCAAGUGCUGGUCAAUGACUUGGCCAGUGGCACGUGCGAUGCGAAACGCAUUGUGUGUCUGGUGUUUGAUGAGGCGCACAAGGCAAGCGGCAACUCCGCCUACUGUCAAGUCAUUCGCGCGGUCACUAACGUCCACCGCCGUUUCCGCAUACUGGGUUUAAGCGCCACCCCUGGCGACCAGAUUGAAAAGGUGCGCAAUGUGAUUGAGAAUCUGUUGAUCACUCGGCUGGAGUACCGCACAGACGACUCUCUGGACAUCCAGAAGUACAUCCACUCGCGUAAGGUGGAGGUCAUCACCGUCAAGCUCAACAAGACCAUGCAGGACCUCCGCACUCGCUUUGAACGCUGCAUGGUAUAUGCACUGUCAUGGGCUCUGCGACCAUGCGCGUGUUGGCAGUGCACGUUCUUGUGGGAUGUGUGUCUAUAUGAUGUUGGUUGGUGGUAG